AUGAUCUUUUCUGCCUUUUCCACAGCUCGGAGUUCAAUGAACAAGUCAGGACCAACUGUGACUGAAUUUGUCCUCUUGGGUUUCUCUGGUCGCUGGGAGACACGAAUCUUACUCUUUUCUCUUUUCUUCAUAGUCUAUAUCCUGACCAUGGUAGGGAAUGGAGCCAUCAUGUGUGCAGUGAGAUGGGACCAGAGACUCCACACACCCAUGUAUAUCCUACUGGGGAACUUUGCCUUUCUGGAGUUCUGGUACAUAAACUCCACUGUGCCCAGCAUGUUAGAAAACUUCCUCUCAGAAACCAAAACUAUCUCUUUUGUUGGCUGCUUCCUCCAGUUCUAUUUUUUCUCUUCCUUGGGUACAACUGAAAUCUAUUUCCUGUGCAUCAUGGCUUACGAUCGUUAUCUUGAUUGCCACCCACUACACUACCCAAACAUCAUGACCCUAAAGCGCUGUUGCACCUUGAUGUCUCUGUGCUGGGUGCUUGGCUUCUUAAGCUAUUUUCUAUCUACUAUCCAGCUCUCUCAGCUAUCAUUCUGUGGUCCCAACGUCAUUGACCACAUUAUUUGUGACAUAGAUCCACUAAUGGCUCUAUCAUGUGUCCCUGCUCCAGCCACUGAAAUUCUGUUCUAUAUCCUAAGCUCCCUCAUCCUCUUCCUCCCCAUACUCUACAUCCUUGGCUCUUACAUCCUCCUACUAAGAGCCGUGCUAAAAGUUCCUUCAGCCGCUGGCCGGCGUAAGGCCUUCUCCACAUGUGGAUCCCAUCUGGCCAUAGUCUGCCUCUUCUUUGGGAGCCUUAUGAUCAUGUAUGUCAGCCCAACAUCUGAGAACUCAGGUGAAGUACAAAAGAUCAUAAGCUUAUUCUACUUAGUGGUGACACCAUUCUUGAACCCUCUGAUUUAUAGUCUCAGAAAUAAGGAAAUGAAGGCUGCUCUGAGAAAAGUCAUGGGGAUAACUUCAGAAUAA